AACAUCUCUUAGUACUUUGUUUUUAUUGUACUAAAAAUUCUCUCAAUUUCUCUCUCGCUUUCAAUCAUUCGCUUUGUUAUAAUAUUUAAAAUGGAGCGAUUUUCUGGUUCAGUUUCAGCUGUGGUCCUUCUUAUGUUAGUUCUUUUAGCAACAGAGAUGGGACCUGUGGCAGCGGAUGGUGAUAAGAUAUGCGAGUCCCCAAGCAAUGCAUUCAAGGGGCUAUGCUUACGUGAUGACAAUUGUGAUAUUGUUUGCAAGACCGAGGGUUUUCCUAAUGGAGAUUGCAAAGGUUUCCUUCGCAAAUGCGUCUGUACUAAGCCUUGUUAGAUGAGCAAUUUCAUUAUACUUUACCCCCUUUCCUCUUAUUUUGCAUGUGCGUGAGAAUUGAGAGAAUAAAAUUUUAACAACAUAUUUAUGUACAAGGAAAUUUAUUAUUAUUGAAUAUUAACUUCUAAAUUAAUUCAUAA